CCAUGACUUCGAGCGUGCGGCAAGACAACUCGUCGAGUCGGCCGCCGCGUCCCGCAGAAUGGGCUGCUCUCCACAGCUCCUGCUCCUGCUGCUCCUUCGCCUAACCGGAGACGCCAACCCUUGCGCCGUACCCUACGGAGUCAUCGAGGUGCUGAAGACGUCAAAGAGAUCCCUGGCUGGUCCUAUUGUCCACUCGCCGGAAUCGUGGGGCGCUUCCGAGCCUCGAGCGUGGAGAGCACCGGAAGAUCGCUCCGGCUACAAGCCUCUCCAGGUAUUCCAGACGACCAUGGUGCUCACCGACGAAGAAUAUUUUGCUUCCUUUCACCCUGACGAAUCACAACGCAAUGAACAAACGUACGGUCGGGACCUACCUGCUGAUGGAACAGCUCAGCACGUCGUUGAAGGAGGCAAAAAGAUGCCAACGCAGGACCGGAACAAGAGCAAGAGAGUGGAGUCCAUGUCAAAAGACGUCUACCCGAUUUCUCCUAAGGCCGACGUCCGGAUCUUGAGGAGUCACCUGGAAGGUUUCUUGAGCGACAUGAGGAACGAUCUUAGCAAGGACCUCAAAGAGGAAGCGAGGGUCCGCAUCUUUAACGGAUUCCUCGAGUACGGACUAGACACUCGCUACCAGAACUUUAGCGGAGAACUGUACCGGGACCUGAUAGACGGUCAAUCGACAUCUGGCGUGAAUAUAAUUGGAGUACUUCCCGGUAAGUACCGUAGAACGCCGAAGGACCACAUCAUUGUGCUCGGAGCCCACUACGACACAUUUCAAGAGACCAAAGGGGUCAACGACAACGGAUCGGGGAUUGCUGCGCUGCUCGAAGUGGCGAGAGUCCUCACCCAUCACCGCUGUACGCUCGACUACACGGUCAUGUUUGUUGCGCUGGACAUGGAAGAAAUUGGUUGCGUCGGAAGCUAUUAUUUCGUGCACGACUUCCUCAUACCGAGCGAACUGCUCCGAGACUCGUCCAAGUUUCAAGGGGCCAUUAUUCUAGACACCAUAUUACACUACAACAAUUCAAGGCACUCCCAGGACAUACCCAAGGACUUUCAGAGCGCCAGCCCAGAUGUUGCCUAUGCGAUAGCGGCGGACGGCUACCGUGGCAAUUUCCUGGCCAGCAUGUCACGGUGGCAGCUGGACAGCCGGCUCACCCUGGCGUUUGCCCGGGCCUGGGACCAGCAGGAGCGACCGCGCUACCGGUUGCACAGCUUGUCCAUCCCCUUGGGGGCCCAGCCACUCACCGUCAGCCUCGCCACACACCUCAACUUCCUCAGGAGUGACCACGUAAUGUUCUGGUACCACAGCCACCCUUCCUACAAGAACAGCCUUAGUGCUAUCCUCCUCACGGACACUGGUCCGUUUCGCGGCACAAUGCGCAGCUGCUACCACGAAGCAUGUGAUGACGUCCGGGGAUUAACUGAUCUCAACCUGCACUUUGUUCAAAAGACUACCAAUGCGCUGGUUGCGCUAUUAACGGAUUUGGCUAAGGGAUCAUGUACAGCAUCAGCACCAAGUUCGGCCUCAAAAUUUCGGCUAGCAGAAGAACGCAAUGCAUCGUUAAGUAACCACAUAACAUCCAACUUCAUUGUCUUAUUUAUUCUGUUAUUACUACACUGUAAAUAAAACUUUCACACUACAUAGAAA